GCAGCGCCCCCUGCCGGAGCGCAGUGCCCCCGCUGUGUCUUGCGCAUGCGCAGUGCGGGGCCGGCGCAGCUGAGCUGUGUUUGGCUGCGCCCUCGGCGCGGGGCUGGGAGGGGAGCGGGUCCCCGUGCGCUCAGUUCUAGUGCUUACAGAAAACUGUUGAAGAUGGGAGGUGCAGUGAGUGCAGGAGAAGAUAAUGAUGAAUUAAUUGAUAACCUGAAGGAGGCUCAAUACAUCCGUACAGAACUGGUAGAACAGGCAUUCCGAGCCAUUGAUCGAGCAGAUUACUACCUGGAAGAGUUCAAAGACAAUGCAUACAAGGACUUGGCGUGGAAGCAUGGAAAUAUUCAUCUCUCGGCACCGUGCAUCUACUCUGAGGUGAUGGAAGCUUUGGAUCUGCAACCAGGGCUGUCGUUUUUGAAUCUUGGCAGUGGCACUGGUUAUCUGAGCUCUAUGGUUGGACUCAUCUUGGGUCCUUUCGGUGUUAACCAUGGUGUGGAGCUUCAUUCCGAUGUGAUUGAAUAUGCGAAGCAGAAAUUGGAUUUCUUCAUUAAAACAAGUGACAGCUUUGACAAAUUUGAAUUUUGUGAGCCAUCUUUUGUUACCGGCAAUUGUUUAGAGAUCUCUCCGGACUGCACUCAGUACGACCGUGUUUACUGUGGAGCUGGAGUACAGAAGGAACAUGAAGACUACAUGAAGAACCUGUUGAAAGUUGGAGGAAUUCUUGUCAUGCCUCUCGAAGAGAAGUUAACUAAGAUAACUCGCACUGGUCCUUCUGCCUGGGAGACCAAGAAGAUUCUUGCUGUUUCUUUUGCUCCUUUGAUUCUGCCUAACCACGCGGACUCAGGAAAAUCAAGGAUUGUUCACCUCCCCCCUGUGGCCGUUCGCAGCCUCCAAGAUUUGGCUCGCAUCGCCAUUCGAGGCACAAUUAAAAAAAUCAUACACCAGGAAGCGAUGAGCAAAAAUGGAAACGGGCUGAAGAACCCCACGAGAUUUAAACGAAGACGUGUGCGUCGCCGCCGCAUGGAAACUAUUGUUUUCUUGGACAAAGAGGUCUUCGCUAGUCGUAUCUCCAACCCAUCAGAUGAUAACAACAACAGUGAGGAUCUUGAGGAUGAGAGACAAGAAGAGGAAGAAAGUAAACCAUCUGAACUAAAGCCAGAUCCCCCUGUAAACUUCUUGAGAGAGAAGGUCUUGAGUCUGCCUUUGCCUGAUCCCUUGAAAUAUUACCUGCUUUAUUACAGGGAAAAAUAACUUUCUUCUGGAAGGUGGGAUGUAGGCAGAAAAUGCAGUACUACGUAGGGCUUGACAAAUGUAAACCACUUGCUUGCCUGCUCCUGUGACCACCCAAGGCAGUAGGCUGGCUGGGGAAUGUGGCUGCUGUAUACUUCAACCUUAUAGCUUUUUAAAGUUGUUUUUCUUCUCAGUUAUGUGCUAUAGUUUUAUCCUACAGCAGGGAUUCCUUAGAAAGCAAGUUGGUGAAAUGCUCAGCUGCUUAUGGAAAGGAGGGUUUGAUUCCCUGUAACUUAACUGCACAGAGAAAAAUCUCAUCGCUGCUCUACUGAAUUGCAGGUUUUAAGUACCCUUAAGCAGUUCCCCAGAGACCUUUGCUGUCUGUGCUCUCUCUUGCUAAACCUGCCACGUGUUUACUGUGGUGUGUGUUUAAUGAAGAUUAUUACUAAAAACUGACCUACUAAAUCUUGUUCCUUCCAGUGAAAAAGCACAACUACAGAAAGGAAAGAAUUUUUGGUGUUACUUGUGGCAUCCAGAUUUUGAAUGAGAAAGAAAGCAUCAGCUCUACUUGAGUUGGUCUCAGUUUUGCUUAAAAACAUAUUUUUUCAGUAAAAGCUAAAAAUGUUUUACCUAUAAUAUUGGUUUUCUUAACAGGAAAUGCUUGUUCUAGUGAAUUUAGUGAAUCUGAGAUGCAAAAUUAUUGGAUUGGGUUUUUUAAAGCAAUGGAGGCAAGAGAAGAAUUUUAAAGGUGAUUAGCUUUGACAGGCUACUAGGGAAGUCAGGGGAGUGCGUGUUGUCUCUGGAAAUAUUUACAGAGUAAUUCUGAGUGCAGAUGAGGAUAGAGAGCUGAUGCAGAGCAGUGAGUUUGUGAAAACUUAACUGUGAAAGCGGAAUCUACAGAUUUUGUAGUUAUGCGAGAGAACUUCUGCCUGCUGGGCUGGAUGAAGUGUGGAGCGCUCGUCUGAGCGGAGUGGCUGGUGUCCUGGGACAUGAGCCAAAUUUAGCUUUCUGAAGGCUGUGCAGAACCUGAAAACAGCCUUGAAAGCCAAGUAGAUGCAGUUCUAGGGUGUUCUUGUGUGUGCAAGGUGGCUAGAAGACAGCUUUGUACACAUGGUCCAUGUACGGUGGUGGAAUGAAGUCGAUCAACUUGGUAGGUUAUUUUAUUCCUGCAACAAUUAAGUAGACAAUUUAACAGACUUGUAUAGAAGGACUUUGCAAUCUGCAGUUCUGUGGAUGUGAGCUCUUUAAUUUUUAUCCCCAAGUCUUCCUGUUGUGGUGAUGGAAGGAGAUAUCUUAUUUAGAAGGGGAAGUUUGCUUGGUUCAGCCUGCUUGACAAAUCUACCUAAACCAGAAAAGGCUGGAAAGAAGAAACACUUGACGUGAAAUACUCCUAAGGCUGAGGGGGUGGUGAAAACCCACUCACAGUAGGGAAUAAAGCUCUCUUAAGGCAUUGCCGCUUCAAAGCACUGGAGUUGGUAUCGCUUUGAUAGCUGGUUUUGUUUUAUACGCUGUCUCCUCAUUUUCUGAGGGGUGAAUGAAGACUCUUGCCAAAAAUAAACUGGUUUUCGGUUAACGGACUGAGUUGCACGACUUGCUUGAAGAUAGUGUUUCAAAGUUCUUUGUGGCUUUGAAAAUAAACAGGUAACUCUUGUACGUCUAAGCCCAAAGUGGGGAACUCUUCCUUGCUUGAUAGGCUUUCUGUGUACCUUUGAGAAUGUUAUCUGAUGAUGUGGUGUCACUGGCACAUUUCACAGCUGUAAACUGUAGUUUGCCUCUAGUUUCUGAAGUCUUCAGUUCUGCUCUAAAUGGUACCCCAGGCUAUCUUGCUCCCUUGGAUUUUUCCUGCUUUAUUUUAAAUGGGUUCUGUGGCCACUGAGCUGAUGGUUUCCUGUGAACCUGAGUACCCGUCUUGUAAUUCUGGGUUCUACAAUGAAUUUCUACAAAUGAAAACCAUGAAUGUGGUGGUAAAUGGAGGCUUAAUAGACUCUAGGUGUGAUGUUUCUCUGUGCUUCCCCAAAGGCUGUCCCGUCUGCUUGUGUGGGGCAUUUCAGCUUAGUAGCGGUUGUACCAGGAAUAUUACAGCCUGCUGUAUCGUGGCACAGUUUCCAUACCCUGACAGAGGACGGGAUGCCUCCUGCUUUUGGCUUCCAGUUCAUCUCUCAGCUUGUUCAUUACAAAACUUUUCAAGCAGUUGCUUUAAAAAUGACAUUAAUCUUCAUGUUCUUAUUAAUAAACCUUGCUGAGAUUCCAUUAAAGCUGUUGAGUCGAGGGAGAAUAAUCUUUCAUUUAUCCCUGUUUGGUUUCACCCCAGUUGUAAAAGAUAUUUUGUCAGAUUUUUCACCAGAUUUGCCUUUUUUUAUUACAUUUGCUAGAUUUUUGUAGCUUUCUAUAAGAUGCAUAAAAUACUGCUAUUUUUUCUGGAUAAGGUUGAAUAAAUAAAUAUAUAUACAGGAAAUUUAUGUUCUAGGUUGUCAGAUUGUCCCCUUGUCCAAAAAAACAGAGAUCCAAACAAACACAUAGUAGAGAGGUUUUUUUGUGUAAUAUAAUUGUGAAAUAGCAUUGCUUUAUAGCCUGUAAAUGAAGGGGAGCUGUAAAUACGUUUUCCCUGCGCACAAGCACUUGCACUGUAGUUUUGUAUGCAUUUCUAAUAGCGGAAUUGUAGCAGAACUGGUUUUGUAUGGUCUGUAAGCUGUCUAGGGGUUUUACCUGCUUUCUGUCCUUUUAUGUUUUAAGUAGUCGUCCGUGUAAUCGGUUUCAAUACUGCAGUAAACUUGCAAGAAGAAGUGGACUUGAAGCUGCUUUAAUCAUUGUGCGAGUUGAAAAAUCUCUGUAUAGAAACUAGAGUGAAAUGGGCCUGAGGCAUGCAGAAGUGUUACGCAGUUUAAACUUUAUUAUUAAGUGUUGCGGUAUCAAUAAAGAAUUUUUAGCCUUCUUAAUAUG